UCCCAAUAAACAGGUCCAAGUUCAACCCCAAAUCAAAAGCCAGUUAAUCACUUCAAACCGACAAGGGUUAAAAGGCGAUGGCUUCACUGUCCUCUGCUUCUGUCCCUCUUGUCAGAGUCCCAACUCAGCUCCCCUGCUUCAGAUUAAAUCAUGGAAAGGAGCAGUCUUUGAGCAGAUAUAGCAAAACUAAGGCAACCCAUUUGAGUAUUAAUUCAAGUGUUAGAAUGUGUUCUGUUGUUGCUUCUGAUUCACCAGUAUCCACCUCAUUGUAUGAGCAAUCAAAGAGGGUGUGGAUAUGGACUGAAAAUAGUCAAGUCAUGACUGCUGCUGUGGAAAGAGGAUGGAAUACUUUCAUUUUCUCUUCACAGAAUCAAGGACUUGCCAAUGAAUGGUCAUCAAUUGCAUUCAUUGAUCCUCUAAUCAUUAAAGAGGGAGGGAUUUUUGAUAGUGUGGGCAAAAGAAUUGCUACAAUUUUGGAGGUUUCAACUCCAGCAGAUUUAAAGAAGUUUCAGCCAGAGGAGGAGCAUGCAGGAAAUGUUGUUAUUGAUUUACUGGACUGGCAGGUGAUACCUGCAGAAAAUAUUGUGGCAGAGUUACAAGGCAGUCAAACGACUGUUUUUGCUGUCUCAAAAUCAUCUGCUGAAGCACAACUAUUUCUUGAGGCCUUGGAGCAUGGGCUGGGUGGGGUUGUUUUAAAAGCUGAGGAUGUCAAAGCUGUUCUUGACUUGAAGGAGUAUUUUGACCGAAGGAAUGAAUUGCACAACAGACUGAGCUUAUCUACAGCCACUGUAACUCAAGUUCAUGCAGUUGGAAUGGGUGAUCGGGUUUGUGUGGAUCUUUGUAGCCUAAUGAGACCUGGUGAGGGACUUCUGGUUGGAUCAUUUGCUAGGGGACUUUUUCUUGUUCACUCGGAAUGUUUGGAAUCAAAUUACAUUGCCAGUAGACCUUUCCGUGUCAAUGCAGGGCCUGUCCAUGCCUAUGUUGCUGUCCCUGGAGGUAAAACCAGCUACCUUUCUGAGUUAAAAGCAGGCAAAGAAGUGAUUGUGGUUGAUCAAAAGGGAAAACUGCAGACUGCAAUUGUUGGCCGUGUUAAGAUUGAGACCAGACCACUUAUCCUUGUGGAAGCAAAGAGAGAUGCAAAUGAUCAAACUGUAUACAGCAUCCUUCUACAGAAUGCAGAAACAGUUGCUUUGGUCUGUCCACACAAAGGUAACACAAUGCAGAAGACUGUGAUUCCUGUAACCUCACUAAAAGUAGGGGAUGAAGUUUUGCUAAGGCUACAAGGUGCGGCACGACAUACUGGAAUAGAGAUCCAAGAAUUCAUUGUUGAAAAUUGAACAACCAACAAUGUUAUUGAAAGUUGUUCAUUUCCGGGAUUGUUUCCAUCCAUUUGAAGGCCUUUCAUGUGCUUGCAGUGGACACAACUGUUCUGGCAUUUGACUGCAGGGGAAAUGCUUGUAUCUGUAAAACUCAGGAAUAACUAACCAAUUUAUUGUAAAUUUUUACAAGCUCUUUAUAUAUAUAUAUAUAUAUAUAUAUAUAUGUUUUGAAGCAAUAUUUCUUCAUGCCAAAGAC